UUUCUUUCUUGUUUAUCUCAUUUGGUUCCAUUUCUUCUUUUAUAGAUGCCUCUCUUGAAAAGAAAACAAUUUCAUUUAUUAGAUCCACCACCACUUGAUCUAAAAGUCAAAGCAUCUAAAUCUCUUCCUGUCUGGUAUUCGAAUCUUACGAACGAAAUCUUUGAUGACUAUCCAACUUAUUUAGAGCGAACCACCCUUUACAAACGUCCCGUUUGGCAAUGUGAAUCUACUGGACGGUCUAAUCUUACUUACGCAGAAGCCUUAGAAAGUGAACGUAUCGAAAAGGAAAAAGUACAAAACAAACUAUCAGUAGAACUUCAAAAGGCUGUAUUGGAACGCGCUCAGUUUCAAACGACUCGCUUAGAUGCUGUAGUGGAUUAUGUUUACAAUUACUUUGUUGAUCGAUAUGUGGCUGGUGAACAAUUAGAAUGCUUGUGGGACGAUGGGAUUUUAUAUACUGCCAAAGUUCUUGAAGCUCCUCCUCUAGAUGAACAAAUAAAUGAUGAAGUGGAAUAUAAAAUGCAACUGUUAGAUGAAGACUUUGAAGGGAUUGAUGAUUAUAUACAAUCUGUACCUCGAAAAGAUAUCAAGCGAGAUCGACUAGCAUUUUCCAAAAACUUGCUCAAGAAAUUCUUACGUGAAGCGACUACUAAGGAAACAUAUAUGGGUGCUCCAUGGAUAGUCAAUGAUCAAUUCGCAAAACGCUUCGACAUUGAUACAACAUUACCGUCAGAUCUAGAUGCUGCAAAAACGUUAGCCUAUAGCAAGUCACGGAAGAUGCGAUCAUUAUUAGCAGCUGAAAAACAAAAGGAAAUCGAUCAAGCGAAAUUGGCAAGCAAGACAAAAGGCGUGCCAACAUCUAUAAUAAAACUGACAACUGUACUUACAGAAAAAGAUCGACUGGAAGAAGCAAGAAAAUUAGAAUCACUAUUGAAAUUUCCUAUGGAAGAUCUAGACUUGCCAGUUUACCGAAGAAAUCCUCACACUAUCAUUACACCUGUUUUCCUUGACAUGUCUCUUGGUAAAUGUAGUGAAUCUGAACCUGUUCCAAACCCAACUGGUGAUUUCCCUCUUCGACCUCAUCCUACCUAUGAAACCGUAGCAUCUGAUUGUUUUGGAUCCUUCUUGAUGGUAUGGAGUUUCCUCAAUGUAUUUUCUCGUCCUCUCUGUCUUUCACCUUUCAACUUGGACGAUUUUGAAUCUUCUUUACGCUACACGUCAACAGAUUACAAAUGCGAAAUGGUAUAUGAAGUGAUUGUGGCGUUAUUGAAUUGUAUUAUCCGACAUCGACAGAAGACUCGUUAUCGACCAUCUAUCUCUUCAAUAACUAUUGGUGAUUCGACUGGAUAUCCUCGUACUCCUCUAUUAGCAUCCUGCAGCUUUCGACCAGGACAACUUCAACAAAGUGAAGUGAACGAUCAAGAACAACGUACAAACGGUAUAACUGCCAGCGAUGAUGACGGUGAUAGUCAUGAUGAUGAAAAUGAUGAUAAUAAUGAAGGACGGUCACAAAAUGGACAAAAGAAAAAUGGGCUUCUAAAUAACAACAAUAUCAAGACGAUCAAGGAAGAAACAACAAAACUCAAAUCAGAAAGCAAUCAUGAAUGUUUAGAACGGGGUUGUGGAAGCACAGAAGUGGUGACCAUUGGUAAAGAUUGGGAUAUCCGACCCAUUGCUAUUGGAAAUGAUCGCGAAGGAUGGGAAGAUGUAAUGAUUGGAUGCAUCAAUGACUUGGCGAUUGAAUUGGAUGAAGAUUUGGCUUCAUUUGACAGUAUUCUUUGUAGUUUGGUACCUCGAAUGAAUUCUACAAACAGAGAAAGAGAAAAAGCAUAUAUAAAUCUUUCUUUAAAGGAUAAAUUGAAGAUAUUACAACUGUUGGUACAUGCUGUCAAUGAAACUGUGGAUAUCAAGGAAUACAUGGAAGAAUGUCAAGAACAACUUACUGAACUACGAAGACAGAAAAUUGAUAUCAAUCGUGAAAAGAAACGAAUCCAAGUCGAACGAAACGAAUUGGAAAAACAAUCUGAAGAUACUACCAAUGUGGAAGCUAGUGCUGAAGAGAGUGACUCUGGUGAUUCUGAUAAUGAAAGCAAUGUUGAAGAAAACAUUGAUCGUGUACAAAAAGAAGCUGCUCAUAUAUCAAGGCAUGAAUCUCGUCAAGCAAUAUUGAAACGGAAACAAAUGGAACGAGAAGAAUAUGAAGCCAAGCGUAGAAAACUUUAUCAUCAACAACGACAAGAAGCACGUGAAAGAAAUCAAGAAUUGAAAGCCAAAGCCAUCAUUCGCAAAAAAUUGGAAAACGAUGAACGUCAAGUACAGAGAAAGCGCGAACAAGUGGAACGGGAUAUGCGCAAAUAUAGUACAUUACGAUUCAAACCAUUGGGAAGGGAUAAAUUCUACAAUCGAUACUAUUAUUUGGAUAAUAUUGGUAGUGGAUUCACUCAUGGAUCAGGAAAACUAUUUGUACAAAGCCCAAGCGUAACCGAUUUACUGAUGAUGCAAGAAAGAGGCAAGGAAAACAUGAUCAAAGAUGAAGACAACAAGGACUCAACAUCAACUAGCUCUUUAUCAUGCGGGCAUGGAGGAGGAUUACCAUUUAUCUGUCAGUUGAUGGAUCAUCAAGGUUUAUCAGACAAGGCAUCCAUGUUGAAACUAGACUUUGAUAAAAUGGUGGGUCCUGAUCAUUUGGAAUGGUGGGAAUCUUUUGAUGAUCCUGACAAGCUGAAUGCUCUUCUAGAUUGGCUGAAUCCAAAAGGUGUACGGGAAUACUUGUUGAAGAGAGAAUUACAGAAACAUUUACCUGGAUUAUUGGCUGGUAUGAAGAAACACUCAUUUGAACGACCGGUAGUGGAAGUGAUCCGACGCAGCACAAGAAAUAAACCUGGCUCACAGCAUCAACCUCCUGCAGGAUCUUGGCAAUCAUACACCAACAAAUUAGCAAAGUAGCAGUAUAGAAAAUAAUCCCUCUCCUUUUAGUAUAGCUUUUAUUAGUUGAAGUCAUGUGUAUUUUGACUCAUUCUACUUGUUUAUCAUAAUAAAUA